UCUUUAGGCCCUCCAACUAGCCUCUUCCAGCCACCUCGUCGUCCAGGCCUUGGAACUGUUGGGAAACCAAUUCGACUGUUAGCCAAUCAUUUUCAGGUUCAGAUCCCUAAAAUAGAUGUGUAUCACUAUGAUGUGGAUAUUAAACCAGAAAAACGGCCUCGUAGAGUCAACAGGGAGGUAGUAGACACUAUGGUGCGGCACUUCAAGAUGCAAAUAUUUGGUGAUCGGCAGCCUGGCUAUGAUGGUAAAAGAAACAUGUACACAGCACAUCCACUGCCAAUUGGACGGGAUAGGGUUGAUAUGGAGGUGACCCUCCCAGGUGAAGGUAAAGACCAAACCUUCAAGGUAUCUGUUCAAUGGGUAUCAGUUGUAAGCCUUCAGUUGCUUUUGGAAGCUUUAGCUGGGCACUUGAAUGAAGUUCCAGAUGACUCAGUACAAGCACUUGAUGUUAUCACAAGGCAUCUUCCAUCUAUGAGGUACACUCCAGUUGGCCGUUCUUUCUUCUCACCUCCUGAAGGUUACUACCACCCCCUGGGAGGGGGCAGAGAGGUUUGGUUUGGCUUUCAUCAGUCUGUGAGACCUGCUAUGUGGAAUAUGAUGCUCAAUAUUGAUGUAUCUGCAACUGCUUUCUACCGGGCUCAGCCCAUCAUUGAGUUCAUGUGUGAAGUUUUAGAUAUUCAGAACAUCAAUGAACAGACCAAACCUCUAACAGACUCCCAGCGUGUCAAGUUUACCAAAGAAAUUAGAGGUCUCAAAGUGGAGGUGACUCACUGUGGACAGAUGAAACGAAAAUAUCGAGUUUGUAAUGUGACUAGACGACCAGCCAGUCAUCAAACCUUUCCUCUGCAGCUAGAAAAUGGUCAAGCUAUGGAAUGUACAGUAGCUCAGUAUUUUAAGCAAAAGUAUAGUCUGCAGCUGAAAUAUCCCCAUCUUCCCUGUCUUCAAGUGGGACAAGAACAGAAGCAUACAUACUUGCCACUUGAGGUCUGUAAUAUAGUGGCAGGACAGAGGUGUAUAAAGAAGCUCACAGACAAUCAGACAUCCACAAUGAUCAAGGCCACAGCGAGAUCUGCUCCUGAUAGACAGGAAGAAAUCAGUAGACUGGUGAAGAGUAACAGCAUGGUGGGUGGACCUGACCCAUACCUUAAAGAAUUUGGGAUUGUUGUCCACAAUGAGAUGACAGAGCUCACAGGCAGGGUGCUCCCAGCUCCAAUGCUGCAGUACGGAGGCCGGAAUAAAACAGUAGCCACACCCAACCAGGGUGUCUGGGACAUGCGAGGAAAGCAGUUUUAUGCUGGCAUUGAAAUUAAAGUUUGGGCAGUGGCUUGUUUUGCGCCUCAGAAACAAUGUAGGGAAGAUUUACUGAAGAGUUUCACUGACCAGCUGCGUAAAAUCUCCAAGGAUGCAGGAAUGCCCAUCCAGGGUCAGCCAUGUUUCUGCAAGUAUGCACAAGGUGCAGACAGUGUGGAGCCCAUGUUUAAACAUCUGAAAAUGACAUAUGUGGGCCUGCAGCUAAUAGUGGUUAUCUUGCCUGGAAAGACACCAGUAUAUGCGGAGGUGAAGCGUGUUGGAGAUACCCUUCUAGGUAUGGCCACACAGUGUGUCCAGGUAAAAAAUGUUGUGAAGACCUCACCCCAAACCCUUUCCAACCUUUGCCUGAAGAUAAAUGCAAAGCUUGGAGGAAUUAAUAAUGUGCUUGUACCUCACCAAAGGCCCUCGGUGUUCCAGCAGCCUGUCAUCUUUCUGGGAGCAGAUGUCACUCAUCCCCCUGCAGGAGAUGGGAAGAAGCCCUCCAUUGCAGCUGUGGUAGGCAGCAUGGAUGGCCACCCCAGCCGGUACUGUGCCACAGUUCGGGUCCAGACAUCCCGACAGGAGAUUUCCCAGGAGCUCCUCUACAGUCAGGAGGUCAUUCAGGACCUGACAAACAUGGUUCGAGAGCUGCUGAUUCAGUUCUACAAGUCCACACGCUUCAAACCGACUCGCAUCAUCUAUUACCGUGGAGGGGUAUCCGAGGGACAGAUGAAACAGGUAGCUUGGCCAGAGCUAAUAGCAAUUCGAAAGGCUUGUAUAAGCUUGGAAGAAGACUACCGGCCAGGAAUAACAUAUAUUGUGGUACAAAAGAGACAUCAUACACGACUCUUCUGUGCAGAUAAAACAGAAAGGGUGGGGAAAAGUGGCAAUGUCCCAGCAGGCACUACUGUGGAUAGUACCAUCACACAUCCAUCUGAAUUUGACUUUUACCUCUGUAGUCAUGCAGGAAUUCAGGGAACCAGCCGUCCUUCACAUUACCAGGUCUUGUGGGAUGACAACUGCUUCACUGCAGAUGAGCUCCAGCUACUGACUUACCAGCUGUGCCACACUUAUGUGAGGUGCACACGCUCGGUCUCUAUUCCAGCCCCUGCAUAUUAUGCCCGGCUUGUGGCAUUUAGGGCAAGAUAUCACCUGGUGGAUAAAGAUCAUGACAGUGCGGAAGGCAGUCAUGUGUCAGGACAGAGCAAUGGCCGGGAUCCUCAGGCCUUGGCUAAGGCUGUGCAGAUCCACCAUGAUACCCAGCACACAAUGUAUUUUGCCUGAGAGUCUCAGAAAAAAGAACUCAACCAGUUUGGCACCCAACACAUCCUCAAAAUGUUUCAAAUGCCUACCACCUCUAGAUAGCUCCAAGGUGACUUCAGGUGGUCUUCUACCAGCAGCUCAGAAUAGUUGCACUGAAUCUAUACUUUGCAGCCCUGUCUGAUGCAUCUACAAAAUUGAGCCAUUUUUUAAUAGAUACUCAUAGAUUAUCUUUUCUGAUGCACUGGACAGAAUUUUUACCUCAAUGUGCAAAGGCUGAUAGCCUGAACUUUCUAAAGGACUUUCCAAGAAAGGUUUCUAUGGAUAUUUUGCUAGCUGUGGUGUUCACCGCAUCCCUCUAGUCUUAGAAGAAUAUUUGUUUUUUCUGUGCUCAUUGAGUGGGAUGUAUGCAUAAGUGGGAGAGAAAAACCAAACAAUCUAUUUCAUUUCCAUGUAACUUUUUAAUUGGGUGGGCUCAUAGACUUUUUAAUGGAGAUUUCUGACUGCCACUGUAAAUGCCUUUAACAAACAUUCGUUUUUGAAAGUUUUACAGAAUUUUGUUACUCUUACUAUUUUAUCUGUGGAUUUGUGCUGGUGCAAGUACAGGCUGCCAGGCAAUUGUACUAUAUUUGUCAGCAGAUCCAAACGGCAAUUGUCUAAUUUGGUUGACUUUUGUGAAUGUGUGACAUAAACAGAUAUAAUGCAUGUCAUAGGGACAGAUAACACUGCCUUGGUAAAAGUACCCAUGUUUCUCCCUAUUUAAAAAAAAAAUUAGCUUUUAGUAUUUUUCCAACUUUUCAAAAGUGCCCAUUUUAUGCUGCUGUGUGGUUUUUUAGAUCUAAAUGGUUUUUAAACUUUUCUCAUAGAAAGUUAACUUUGGCAAUAAGCAUUUUUUUAAGGUCCCUCCCUCUUUCUCCCGCUGAUGAUGUAGUUUUCUAAAUGAGAUUUCAGUAUGAUUUUAUCAGCUAUUUCUUAUAUAUCAUAACCUGGAAGUUUCGGAAACCAGUCAGAAAAGACAUAUAUUUCCAUGCCUUUUAAAAGAAUUGUUUUUACCUAUUUUAUAGUCACAGUUGGUGUCCUGUCACUUU